UUGUUGUUUUGUAACGCUGCUAAAUCAAUAAUUUUAGUGGCGGCUAGCGGCCAUCGCGUUCUUAAUUCAAAUACUUUGACGUUUCGAAUGCUUUGGGUGUUUUAACGGUGUGCUAUCGGAACUGUUAGUUUAACGAGUUCUUUGUAAUCGUCAUUGAAUAGCAAAUAGGCGUGCGAAAGUUAUUUAGCGUAAUCUAAAUUCUGUAGAUAUAAACUUGGUGAUAAGUGUCUCCGCUUGUUCGAGGUUAACAUCGCCGAAAUAGAAAUGUGCAAUCAGUGACAAACCAAGUGUAGUGUAUCAAGUGUUGUGCAGUGAAGUGACACGAAGUGAAAUUCGGAAAUGUUUACCAUGGCAGUGUACAACGGCGGUCCGUGUUCUGAAUGAUAGCUACCAUUGAAGGCGUGGUAUGGACAAGGAGAACGGAGAAGGCGACGCGGCUGCUAAGCCGCCGCCAGAUGGGCUGCUCGACCCAGCGGGGCUCUUUGGAGCGUAUUGGGGUCGAGAUGGCGCUGCAGGCGGUGCAGCGGCUCAGGCACAAGCGCAGGCGCAGGCGCAAGCGGCACUCUUCGGCUUCGGGUCGCGCUACCCCCCACCAACCACGCUCGGUGUCGCUGCCAACCAGGCUGCUUCACUUGGACUGCAUCCCGCUGCGAGUGCAGCAUGGUGGUCCAUGGCGUCGCAUCUUGCAGCACAAGAUUACCUAGCUAGGCUGCAAGCAUCGGGACUGAAUUUCCCCCCACUGGGUGACCCUUAUGCGGCCCUAUCCGCUCUAUCAGGCGCUGGUAUGAAGCAGCCAUCCAAACCUGCGAAACAAUCAAAUAGAAGCGAAAGUUUAUACAGCAGGUCUGGUCGAAGCAGUACAUCAUCCAGCAUGUCAACGAAGGAUAAGAGUCCAGCCACUAGCACGUCUAGCUCUCAACCCAAUAUGGCGGAUUGGGGCGCUAGCUACGGUUUCCCGAAGACCUCAUCUCCUUCAACGAUGCCCUCCCAGUCAAUGUCCAGCCUGGCGUCGCUGAACAACCUUGCGCAGCAGCCGCUGCAUUCCAAACCGAAUAAACCGCAGCAUCCCCCGUCUUCCAGGAAGAGCGGGUCCAGCAAGGACAAGGAGCUGAUGUUGGCGCACGCGCACUCCGCCUACCACGCCGCGCUCGCCGCGCACAAGGGGAAGAAUAUGUCCCCACUGUACCCGUUCGGAGUCGGAGGUGAUAAAGACCGUAGGAGUGGCAUUGACUCUCUCACAGGUCUACCGCAUACAAUUCUAAGCGAUCCAUCGUCAGUGCUGGGCGGCGUGCGGCUGCCUCCAGACACGGAGAUCAUCAAAUACACGUCCUCGCUCGCCGGACCCAAGGCGCAGCCCGGCUCCACGACCCGCGGCCGCAAGAAGACCAUCUCGCUGGACCCGCCGCACGUGUCCGUGCACCCCGCCGAGCGCGCCAGCAAGCGGCAGAAAGUCGACGAAUACGGUAACUCCCGUUCGUCGGUGGAAGUGAUCCGGUUACCCAACAAGCCGGAGCGCUCCGGAGCCAACUCGGUGUCCGGAACUCCGCCGCCGAACCUCUCUGAUUACGCAGGCAUAUCUCGGGAACUACUACAAACAAUAGCCAGUCAAAGUGGCGUCAGCUUAGCGGCAUUGGAGCGACAGUUAGCCGGAUCGGCGCCUGCGUCCGACUCAGGUCUGAACCUGAGUACGAAGUCUGGUGGUUCCGAGGACGCUCCUCUGGACCUGGGUCUGAAGACGGACGACGACGCACCACUCAACCUCUCGCUCAAGCCCACCCCACCGAGCUCACAAGCAUCGGAUGCACUCUCCCGACUUACGUCACUGAGCAGCUCACUCAGCGCUUCGAAUGACAGGAUAUCGCGGCGCAAGCCGGGCGCCAAGCCGCGCCGCGUGGCGCCCGAGCUCAACGCGCACGUGGCCGACUCGCCGCGCCCCAAGUCCAGCGGCAGCGAGGACAGCGAGUCGGUCCCCGCCUGGCCCGCGCGGGAAGGCAGGCCUCGUAACUUGGGUCGGGGAGUCAGCAAACCCAAGAAGAAUACAGUGGCUUCUCUUUUAGCGCAGAGCAGAGCGCUCGGCCUGCGCCCCGCGCUCGCGCAGCACCUGCUGGCCGAGACCGACCUGGAUAAGCUCCGCGCGCUGCUGUGCGAGGGCGGCAGCACGGACUCGGAGUGCCCGUCCGACAGCAACCCGUCCGACUCGGACGCCAGCGACGGCGGCCGCCGCCACGACGCGCAGCUGCGCCUGCCGCUCGCUCUCGGCUGGAAGCGCACGACGGUGAUCAAGGGUCUGUCGCGCAACUGCAACAUCAAGGGCGAGGUGAGCUACAGCGCGCCCGAGCCGCACCACCACGUGGUGGUCAAGUCGGCGCACGAGCUGCAGGCGUUUCUAGAUGCGAACCCCAGUCCCCCGCUGUCGCGGGACAACUUCAGCUUCAGCGCGCGCACGUUGCUGGGAGACUACCUGCAGCCGGCCGACGGGGCGGACCCCCUCGUGCUGGGAGAGGCGGAGAUUAUAAAGCGGCUGGAGGAGGCGCGCGCGCUGGCGGCGCUGAGCGGGCGGCCCACGCCGCCGCCGCUGGAGCGCCGCAUGGAGCUGGCGCGGCGCCAGCAGGCCGCCCGCGACGCGCGCCGCGACCACGGCCAGCGCGGCCGCGACCAGGCUCGUCUAGUCAGAGAAUUGGAAAGAUCGGAGAAGGCUGAACUGGUUAAACGUGAGAAGGAAGCGAGAAGUCAGCAGUUACUAGAGCAAAUCAACAAGAAUCGAUCGCAGCUCACCAUUGAAGCUUUGCCAACGCCAAAAAUAAACGAUGAAUGGAAAAUUCCAGAAAUCGUUAUGGGACCCGCGACGAAGUCCAACAAAGACAGGACAAUGCCGCAAAUAAGCCUUUCCCUGAUACCAGUCAGUGGUCUGAGAGAAAAUAUGCCAAUAAAAACUAUGAAUCUAGACCAGAAUUGGAAAGGCGAAGCCGAGGAAUACAAUGCGUUGGACAAAAUGAAAGAUUUUGCAGAAAAGGCCGCCUUCGACUUACCGAAACGACCGAACGAUAAAUAUUUCGACUUCACACUAAUUAAGACACCGGACAAGAGAAAGGCGCCGGACAAAGAGAAUAAUCUAGAGAAAUUAAUCGAAUCUUAUUCGAGAAUAACCGAAUUCAUAAAUGGUUGUGAUUGGUCGAAAUUGCAGGGCGAUAAAAAAUCAGACGACUCGAAGAGUCUAGAACAGAAAUAUUUAGAUGCGAAAAAUGAAUUCAUGUCUCAGAACUUGAUGUUGAUGCCCAGAGACAAUCAGAAAUCCGUCCAAAAGGACGUCAUAGAUUUGAGCGGAGACGACGAUAAUGUUUUGACCGAUAUUAUAACAAAAAAGUUAAAUAAAGGGAUAGUUAAUGUCGGAAAAGACGGCGCAUUGUCGAUAUCGGUUCAACCGUUUGGAAAGGACGCUUACAGUCCGGCUAAAAAGAGGAAACAGGAGGAGUUAGAGAAACAGAAGAUUGAAGAUCAGGCGAAGAGACAACAGGAGAGAGAACUGAAGCGACAACAGGCCAUGCUUCUAAAGGAACAGCAAAAGUAUAUAAUGGAGGAACGUGAACGACGUCGACAGCACACGACAUUCAUCCGUCAAUUAGAUUCUAGAAGACGCUGGGAAGAGAGGGAGAGAAGAAAGCACCAGAAUCUUCUAGAUCGAUUACUCGUUAAGGAGAAGAAAUUGCAGCAGAGACGGAAGGAAAUGGAACUAUUAGCUGAACUUCGACGACCCCAAGAAGAUUCAACGCUAUCAGAUCAGAAACCUCUACCAACCUUGGAUAGAAUCCCCGGCUUGAAGAUCUCGGGGCAGGCGAUGGCCGACCUUCUGCAAGUGUACGAGUUCCUGCACAACUUUGGACAAGCUCUUGGAUUCGACAUGGAAUACCUCCCGACACUGAACACGUUGCAAUUGGGUCUCAUCCCCAACUGUAACCAGGACGCUGAAGACGAGCUGUUGAACGUGUUGUCGAGACUGCUCGUCAUAGCGAUCGAGGAGCCGGGCAUCCCGCACCCCGGGCGGCACACGACGCUGCUGGGCCACGCGCUGCGCCUGGCGGAGCCCGCGCCGCACACGCUCAGCGAGCUGCUGCGCAUCUACCUGUACGCGCAGGCCACCGCCGAGGUCAAGGCGCUCACCGGCUUAACGGUUGAGCGAGAACGCGACCGUCGCGUGGCUGAUCACCAUCAAAGCGACGCGGAAAUGCAGAUGACCUGCGCCAGCACCAAGAACGGGACGUACUAUGAGCAUUUACACAGUAACGCUACUUACAAACUAUCCGAGAUGCUGCGCGACAAGCCGUUCGUGGCGCUGAGCCCGGCCAGCAAGGCGCGCGUGCUGGCGCGCGUGUGCGACGAGCUGCUGCAGAGCCGCGCCGUGCUGCGCCAGCUCGACGCCUCGCUCGAGCACCUCGCGCAGCUGCGCCGCGAGCGCUACCUGCUCGACGCGCGCAUCCGCAAAGUGCGCGCGCUGCAGCAGCGCAAGGCGCGCGCGGAGGCGGCGGAGCGGCAGCAGGCGCUGGCGCUGGAGCGCAUGCAGCGCCUCGUGGACGACGCGCACGCACACCACGCGCCCGAUCACCACGAAAAGAUCGAGACGCCCAAAAAACAAGAGAAGGAAUCCUCUCCACCGUCAGAUGACAAACCGAACACACCGUCUCCUUACAAGGAAACACCGGAAGAGAGCGAUAAGGAACUGUCGCCCUUAAAGGAUCUAUCCAAUAAUAUGAAAAACAAGGAAUUGUUGAAUAAUAAUAAGGACGACUGUUCCCCAACUGACGUCAAAAUUGAUAAGGACAGUGUCAUGGGCGACUGCGAUGUAUUGAGUGAUUUGGAAAGCGAAGGAACUCAGCCCGAGGAGGACGAAGACAAGAACCUAUCGUCCGAGGAGCUGUCCCGUAAGCUGGAGAAGCUGGUCCGGCAGUCCGAGCAGCAGCUCAUAGCGCUGGCGGCGGGCUCGCACGCGCUGCGGGCCACGUGCUACGGACAGGACAGGUAUUGGCGUCGCUACUGGUCGCUCGGUAAAUGCGGCGGAGUGUUCGUGGAGGCGAUGGAGUCUGCUCAGCCGGAGAUAAUGGAAUACCAGGCCAGAGUGGAAGAAAACGCUUUAGAUCCGAAGCCCAAGAUUAAGACACCGAAAGAAAAACAAGAAUCCGAACAAGAAGAAGAGAAAGAACAGAUGCCAGAAAUAGACGAGGAGGCGGAAGCGUUAGAGCUAAGAAGCAUUAAGAGUGAACUGAACCUCAGCGAUAGAACGCAGAUCAUCAAAUAUGAGCCGAACGUCACGCAUGGAGCUUGUAAAGUUGAAGGUUCAAUUAAAAUGGAAGAGAAAUACAUACAACAUAAGCAGAAUAACGAGGAAGAAGACAUGUUAGAUAUAGAAGACUCCAUCCCAACAGCUUUCCUCGUACAGAAACCCUCGCAUAAACCAAUGUACGCCACCCAAGCGGAACCCAUGGACAAACCGCAGGAGAUCGUCAAAGUCGAGAACGUUGUCAAGAACGACCCAGAGGAACCUGAAGAUAACAAAGACAAUUUAGUGAAUAAUCUAGAAGAAUUACGAAAAAUGGCCGAGGCAGUGUCGUCCCAACUCGAUGCAGCCAAAAAAGCGGAAAGCGAAAAAGCUGAAAAGGAAGCCAAAGUAGAGAAUGAAAUUAAAAAGGAAGCAUUGGAAACUGAAUCGGCGCACGCAUUGCUAUACACGAAGAUACUGGAAGGGAAAUGGUUCUCUAUCCUAAGGCACGAGAGUUCAUUUUUGACGAGCAUCAAUGAGGACAAAGCGAACGAUAUCCCCAUGUUCUGUGAUAACGAACACACGUGUUCAGAGGUUGUGAACUGUCAGGGGCAUAAAUGGGACGUGUCAAAUAAUUUGCACUUACUGAACGACCCGAGUCUCUUCACUCUCAACUCGAUGGUGACGAGCGUUCAAGUUCCUUCGAAUAACGUUUACGCGGAUUCGAGUUUGACGCUGUCCGGAUUGGACCAGGAGAUGAUGGACGCCACCCUCAACAAAGAUAACGUUCAAGACGUGGAAGUUGAAGAAGAAAGUAAAGAACAGGAAAAUGAUCUAGAGAAAGAACUCCAAGCGGACGCUACGAAGGACCUCGCAAUACAAAAGGCAAAAGCCUCCGGCUUGUCGAGUCUCGGUCUCCUGAACUUCAACGCGCUCUCAACUUACGUCACCUGCGACAGUCCACCGCCGAUACAGAUGUCUCCCGAGGAAAUGGAGCAGCUGGAACAGUGUAAAAUACAUGGACUACCCAAAAAAGUCGAAGGGAACUACGUGCCCAAAGACCUGAGACACGGCUGGUGGCGCAUCACAGAGGAGGAGCAGCUGCGAGCCGUGCUCGACGCGCUGCACUCGCGCGGAGCGCGGGAGAGGGAGCUGCAUGCCGCCUUCGCGCACCACCUACCCACCCUCAAUACCAAGAACCCCCCGUCCCUCCUACAGCUGUACGUGGACAAGGGCGACCCGGCGAGCCAGCUGCCGGCCAGCCCGGCGGAGCGGCUGCUGGCGCAGAGCGGCGCCUUCCCCGCGCCCGACGAGCCCAACUCGUUCUGCGCGCUGACGGCGCGGCGCGUGGACAUGCAGCUGCUGGCCAUGGUGGAGGCGCUGGAGGAGCGCGUGUCGGCGGCGUCCAUGCAGGUGAAGGGCUGGCGCGCCGUGCGCCUGGCGCUGCCGGCCGCCGCCUCGGGCUCCGAGAUCGUGGCGCGCGCGCGGCACAAGCUGGCCGCGCUCGAGGCGCACGUGGAGCGCCGCUACCUCAAGCCGCCGCUCGUGCACAGUACGACGGAAGCAACACUGGGCGCAGUGUUGCAAGCUGAGCACGGAAAUGCAUCAGCGACGUCUCCGCACUCGGAGACAGCCAGUGAAGCCAAAAACGAUAACAAGGGCAUAGCUCGCGGGCUCGCGACGUGGCGCGAGGCGGUGGCGCGCUGCAACACGUCGGCCCAGCUCGCCAUGCUGCUGCAGGCGCUGGAAGCCGCCAUCGCCUGGGACAAGAGCAUCAUGAAGGCGAAUUGUCAGUUCUGUUUGUCCGGCGACAAUGAGGGGCAGCUGUUGCUGUGUGAUGGUUGCGAUAAAGGGUACCACACUUACUGCUUCAAGCCGAGGAUGGAGAAAAUACCGGAAGGAGACUGGUACUGCUGGGAGUGCGUGAACAAGGCGCGCGGCGUGGCCCGCGAGCGCGUGUGCAUCGUGUGCGGCGGCGCGGCGCGCGGCCGGGCGCUGCCCUGCGCGCUCUGUGCGCGCGCCUUCCACCUCGACUGCCACUACCCGCCGCUGCACAAGACUCCGCGUGGCAAAUGGUAUUGCUCCCAAUGUAUUUCCCGAGCGCCACCCAAGAAGCCUCGUAAAACAAAACGCGACAGCAAAAACAAGGACACAAGUGCGAAUAUCGACCUCGACGCGUCUAUGGUGCCAAGCCCCGCGGCCUCCCACGCGUCCACGUCCACCACGGCCGAGGAGUGCCCCGCCAGCGCGCCCACGCCGGAGAAGGAGCCCGACAAGCCGGAGGAGCCCACUGCCGAACCCACUCUCCUGCCGGCCGAGCCCAUGCAGACGGAACCGGAGAAUGGGCUCAAUCAUCAUACUGUACCAGAGAUCAGUGACGAGGGUUCGCCGGAGAAGCGCAGGGCGCCGCAGCUGGUUGCCGGAAACGGAGCCCUACAACACGACCACGCUGACGUUGUGGAUGGACAAGUUGAAGAUCGUGAAUCUGAAAAUCUUCCGCUUCUGUCUCGUGCCAAGAAGGAGAAAAAUAGUGCCAAAAAACAAAUUAAGGACAUGCAAUUUUGCAAGAACUUACUCUGCGACAUGGAGUGUCACGAGCACGCGUGGCCGUUCCUCGUGCCGGUCAACACGAAGCAGUUCCCGCAGUACAGGAAGGUGAUCAAAUGCCCAAUGGACCUCUCUACCAUCAAGCGGAAACUUCAUGAUUCCAUAUAUAAAUGUAAGGAAGAGUUUGCAUCAGAUGUGCGUCUCAUAUUCAGCAAUUGCGAAGUUUUUAACGAAGACGAUAGUCCCGUUGGUCGCGCGGGACACUAUAUGAGGCAGUUCUUCGAGGAGCGAUGGACCCACGCCUGACGGGCCCUCGACGUGGACCGUGGACCGGCACAGAGUGAACAGUGAAAUAGCAAUGUUGAAUUUUCAAAGUGAUGUGUGGUUUUAUUUGAAAAGUGAUACCACAGAUGCUGUGGCUGAUUGAAUAAGUGAAUGAAGAGACCCGAUAGCGUAAAAAACCUUUUAUAAAUUAAAGGACAAUGGAAUAUGACUGAAUAUAAAUCUGAAACAAAGUUAUUAGUGAAAUUAUUUUCCUGUACAAAUAUUGGUUAUUGAGAGUUUGUAGUAUGAGUUGUUUUGUAACCGCAUUGAUUGAUCGAAUAUGUUUGAUGGAAUAAUUUAUUUAUUAUCUGUUACGUUGAUCUCGAUAAUAAUAGAAUCGCAUCACGCUUGCUAAAUAGAUUAAAGAGCUGACUCAGAAUAAGACAAUAACAUACAAACAUGACAUUAUUAAGACUUGAUUUUGUGAAAACGAUGAAUGAUAACUUCCUUGUUUGCCAAUAAACGCAAUACUUCUAUGACGUAUUUAUUUAAAAAUGAUAUUUGAAAGUGAAAAAUGUUUUCCAAUAUACUACUUAAAUUACGACGAAAACAUUCCUAACGAAAUUCAACUCAACGACCGUUUUAAUAGGUCACAAAAUCGGCUAAGACGAAAUGUAUAUUGCGAAUCUCAUGUAUAAAUGUGGUUUUAUUGUAAACAAGGCGACGCACACACCUAUGAGUGAACUUGUAUUUAAUUUAGACUGUAAAUAUUAUGAGGUAUAAAAGUAUUAAGGCUAAUGUUUAAGGAUAGCGAAAUUAGAUCGUCGAUGUCAUUCAAUGAAUAUUAUUUUUUUAAUUUGUGUAGCAACGAAGCAGUAUUCAACUCCUCUGCAUUUCUUCAAUUCGAUACUGAAUUUGGCCAGUCAUAGUGUUUGUAAAUGUCUACUUGAAUGUAAAUGAUCGUGUAUUUCAAAAUAUUUGUAGACGGUGUACUGAUGUAUGAGUAGGACCGUUUUAUUGUAAACUAUAGGUUUGGACCAGGGUAUUUCUAGGGCACGUUAUUUGUAACUAAAUUCGAAUCAUAAUAUGCAAUAUUCCAUAUUAAAAGAGUAUAUAUAUGUACAAUUAUUUUACAUUAUAACAUGUAUGACCCUGGCCUAAACCAAAUUCACUUUGUUGAAUAGUAUAGAAUGUGAGUAAGUGUAGAUUAGGCCUAAAUUCGUAAAAUGGUAACACUGAUUAUUGAAGGGAUAUUUUUUUAAUUUUCGAAUAACAUUGCCAUUACAAAAAAAAAAAACUUUUUAAUUUUUUUUUAUCAAUUCCAGUAAAAGUAUACAACUUUUCUUUUAUAAUAAAUGAGAAUCUGGUAUUUAUUAAUUCAGCCAACUCUUCAAAUUAUCAUUUGUAAAAAGAAAUAUUGAUUUUAGUUGAUUUAUUUAUAUAAUAAAGUUUAAUUUAUUUCAAGUGAUUCACAAAGUUUUAGUACUUAUAUUGGCUUGAUUUUAAUAAAAAAAUUAACAGAAACGAGCCACUAAUUGUCCAGUAACGUUUUUAAAUAAUAACAAAGAGCAAUAAUUUGUAUAAUAGCUUUACGACAAGGAUUUUGAAACUGAUGUAACUCAUCGUCGAUAUCUCCGGCGACGGUUAGACGUUGCUAAAUGUUUAUGCGAAUUAUAAAUUCUGGACACGAGCACAAAGUCUAAUUUCCUUAAUAUAUAAAGGAUUCACUUCAUAGUUUAAUUUUACUAGUUUAAAGUCAUUCCUACGGCACAAAUUGUGUUUUUCUACUUGAGUAUUUUAAAGUAUUACAUGUUUUACUUAAUGCAGCUUUUAAUUUUAAAAGAUAUUUAAUCUGUGGCGCCACAGAUACUAUACGAAAUAGACAGGACUCUUAAUAAAUUAUUAUAUCUAGUUUUUUAGUGUUUAAAUCUGCCAAGAUAUGUUAUUUGAACCUCAGCUCUACUGCCAGUACAUAAGGUCGAUGUUUGAACGCAAAACAUAUUUUGGUAGGUACUCGCGAGGCGUGUAUGAAAAAUUAUAGUUUUAUGUUGUGUGAAUUGGUUGAUUUUAACUAUAAAAUGGAUAUAUAAAUUAUA